UGUGACACAGGCUUUGGCCACAGACUGGCGCUGCGUCUCAAUGAACGCGGGUUUCGAGUCUACGCGACCGUCAUAUCCGAGUCCAGUGCCGGCGCACAGCAGUUGACCUCUAAGGCACAGUUUGCACAUAAAAUGCAUGUCAUAGGCAUGAAUGUGACCAAACAUGAGCAAGUUCAAAAGGCAUACGAUUACGUAACACUGCACUUGAAUAAAAAAGGCCAUGGUGAUUGCCUGUGGGCGCUGGUCAACAACGCCGGCGUUAUGUCUGAGGGCCCCAUCGAGUGGGGAUCACCCGAACAGUACGAACUGAUGUUUGACGUAAAUAUGUUUGGGCCGAUACGAGUGACCCGUACUUUUCUACCCCUUAUCAGAGCAUCAAAAGGUCGCGUUGUAAACAUGGUGAGCAUACAGGGUCGAUUCUCAGUCAGCCCAUUCGUCUGGUACGCGAUGUCUAAACACGCGUUGACCGCCUUCUCGGACACAUUACGCCGGGAAAUGCGGUCAUUUGGUGUCCGUGUGGUGACUGUAGAGCCGGCGGCCUUUCGUACCGGUAUUAUUGACGACGACACCAGGUUUGCCGCCCUGUGUCGCACGUGGCGACAGACAGAUACCGAGAUUCAAAACGCUUACGGUAAUAACAGCGAGAAUGAAUUGAGAGAUAUCGUAGCUGGAAGUUCGCAAAAGUUUAAACUAGGUACUAAUCUAGAUAUCGUGGUGAAUGAUAUGAUCGACGCCGUUCAAAAUGCCACGCCUCGAGUGAGGUAUACGCCCACUGAGGGUGCUUUGGCUAAAUUAUUAGUUUCAAUUGCCAUGUGCAUUCCAUCUGAAUGGCUAGAUGAAUUAGUUUGGUUGACUGAUAAAUCUAAA